AUGGCGCCUCGCAUAUCUCCUGACCCCGACUUGAGUCUCUGCGUCACCGGUGGGCAAGAUGGGACUCCCAGCAUUGACCCAGACGUGCCGCAAUCGGACGACACACUACCACGUCUUAAGAAUCUCAUCGAGACUCGCAAGAAAGAACAGCCGAAGGACAAUAGCAAUGCUGAAGCCAUCGAGGUCUUACCUGGUGGCAAUUGCGCCCGUGAAGAAGAGGGCUUCCGCCUGCUCGCAUCGUCGAAGGAGCAAGCUCCCAACGCGGCCGGCCUUGAUAAUGCAAAACGCCCAACGCCGUACACCAACGGCCUGUACCAUGUCUCCCCAACAGCGUCACCGACAACCCCGCCUGCAUCUCACACACCUCAUGAGAGCUAUCUGUCGCACGACUUUGAGUGCACCUCGUACCCGAUCGAUCCUGCCCUCACGGCCUGCCCUCAAGGCGAAACCUGUACAUCGAGCGAGGUAUCUGGCGCGUGCGGCCCGAAGCAGAAUGCCAGCUCUUGGGAGGCUUUCCGCGGUGGCUUGUAUGGUUGUGAGCUGGAUGGCGCAACCAAUGUCCCCUCAUUGGCGACGGCAGGUGGAGACGAACGUUGCCAAAUCGGCAUUGAGACGAGCGGGCAGCUUUCACCGGGAGAUCAAUGGUCUAGCAAUGGACUUCCAUACUUCAGGACCUCUGACCGUCGACACGGAAGUACGAUACGCAGCGACGAUGCAUCCUCCUGCGUUUUAGCCGAGGAGCACGCAGACGCCGUGCAACCGCCACGCAAGCGCCGCAGAGCGGAAUCGCUCGCUGGUAAUUUGCCCUCUCCGCCAGCAUCAACCUCUACAGAAAAUGAUGCAGAUGAUGUCUCCAAGGUUGCAGAGUUCGAGGAGUGGGCAUUGGAGAAUGUCCUACUCAAACGCAUCAUGGUGGACGGCGUGGCGACCUUUCAAUUGCAGUUUGACUGGAACCUGUGCACCACGCAUUGUGGCCUCAAGGCAAAAAACCCCAAGCAGGCCCAGCGCGGCGCUAAUCGGUCUGCUCCGCAGAGGAGGAAUAGCACUAUACAGGGCAUAUUCACAUCGGACGAAGACGAUUCGAUCAUCCGCUUAAAGGAAGAGCUUCAGCUUCCGUGGACGGAGAUCCAUCGACGGCACACAGAGCAGUAUCCAGGGCGGUCCAAAGGUUCGCUUCAGGUGCGGUAUUGUACAAAACUGAGGUGUCGGAAGGGCAUUGAAUGA